AUGACUACGCCUCGUUUUGUUGUCUGUUCCUUCAUCACUUGUUUAAAGGGUUCUGUUAACUUAUUCUUCCAGUCGUUUUGUUGUAUUGCCUUUUUCACUGUUGUGACGGUUGGGUCCCGCUGCGAUUCCUCCAUUAUUUCCGAUAAGUUCAUUAUCUAUCUAUCUAUCUAUCUAUCUAUCUAUCAUAGUCUGUUCAUUAUCUAUCUAUCUAUCUAUCUAUCUAUCUAUCUAUCUAUCAUAGUCUGUUCAUUAUCUAUCUAUCUAUCUAUCUAUCUAUCUAUCUAUCUAUCUAUCUAUCUAUCAUAUUAUCUAUCUAUCUCAUUCUGUUAUCUCUCUCUCUCUCUAUCUCUCUCUCUCUCUAUCUCUCUCUCUCUGUCUUCUUACCUCCCCCCCAUUGGUCUUCUUAACCCCAUUGUUUCUUACCCCCCUUGGUCUUCUUACUCCCAUUGUUUCUUAACCUUAUAUGUCUUCUUACCUCCAUUGUUUCUUACCCUUAUAGGUCUUCUUACCUCCAUUGUUUCUUACUCUUAUAGGUCUUCUUACCUCCAUUGUUUCUUACCCCCAUUGGUCUUCUUAACCCCAUUGUUUCUUACCCCCCUUGGUCUUCUUACUCCCAUUGUCUUCUUACCUCCAUUGUUUCUUACUCUUAUAGGUCUUCUUUCAUUGUUUCUUACCCCCAUUGGUCUUCUUACCCCCAUUGUCUUCUUACCUCCAUUGUUUCUUUCUUAUAGGUCUUCUUACCUCCAUUGUUUCUUACCCCAUAUUGGUCUUCUUACCCCAUUGUUUCUUACCCUUAUAGAUCUUCUUACCUCCAUUGUUGCUUACCCCACCAUUGGUCUGCUUAACACAUUGUUUCUUACUGCCAUUCAUCUUCUUACCCACAUUAUUUCUUACACCCACUGUCCUUCUUACGACCAUUGUUUCUUUCGCACAUUAGUCUUCUUAUAUCCAUUGGUCUUCUUAGCCCCAUUGUUUCUUGCCUCCAUUGGUCUUCUUACCCCCAUUGAACACUUUCUAGGUUACAACACAGAAUCACUUCAUCUAUCUAUCUAUCUAUCUAUCUAUCUAUCUAUCUAUUACGGCUUUUACAACACACAGUCAAUCUAUCUAUCUAUCUAUCUAUCUAUCUAUCUAUCUAUCUAUCUAUUACGGCUUGUUCCUAUCUAA